CGGUCACAGGGAGCUGCAGCCUGAUUAAUUGGAAGUUAAUAUUUCUUCCAACCGUGACCACAUUUACACCAAACUGCAACUCUCAUUCUCUAUGCGUAUAUAUCCCCGCGCCCUUCACCUUCACCUUCACACUCACUUUCACAUCACUCCCACUCCAUCCAUCAGACUUGAUUAAGAAUUAAUUAAUUAAUCAUGGAAAAUUGCAGCAGCAGCAGCAGCAGAUCAUCAUCAUCAUCCUCGAAUCAUCCGCUGCUGCAGAAGCCAUGGAAGAAGGGCCCUCCGAGGGGUAAAGGGGGACCCCAGAAUGCAGCCUGCGAGUACCGGGGCGUCCGCCAGAGAACCUGGGGCAAGUGGGUCGCCGAGAUCCGCGAGCCCAAGAAGAGGACCCGCCUCUGGCUCGGCUCCUUCGCCACCGCCGAACAAGCCGCCUUGGCCUACGACGAAGCCGCCAGGCGUCUUUACGGCCCCGACGCCUACCUCAAUCUCCCCCACCUCCGAUCCACCUUCAACCCCCUCCUCAACAACAACAACAACAACAAAAAUAAUAAGUUCUUCAAGAUGUUUCCCUCCUCCAAGAGCGCCGCCUUUACCGCCAUGUUUCAUCAUCAUGGUCAUCAGUUUCAGAACCCCACUGGCACUGGCUGGCUCAAUCUCAACGCGCAACCCAACGUUCGCGAAAUUCAUCAGAGACUCCAAGAGCUUCAGAAAAACGGGGCCUUUAACCAGCCGUCAACGACGUCGUCAUCAUCAUCCGCAGGAGGCUCGUCCUCUCCCUCCAAUUGUGAUAUUCUUCAGCAGAAGACGACGUCGACGUCUAAUAAAAGCACCGAAUUACUACUACUUAAUGAUGAGGAGAAAACAGAAGCCGCGGAAGCUUCUGAGAGCAAGCCUGCAGAGAUGGACCUGCACGAGUUUUUGCAGCAUCUGGGCGUUGUCAAGGAGGAUGAGGAGGAGGAGGAGGAGGAGGGGAUCAGCUGUUCCAACGAUGUCAGCUGCUGCUUUGAGAUGCCUGCAGAUGAAUCUUGGAGGAAAGAAGUGGUGGUGGAGGUGGAUGACUGUGAAAAGAGUUUCUUCAACUGGGAAUCGCUGAUCGAGAUGCGUGAUGGCGUACAGGAGAAUGAACGACGAGGAGGAGUUGAAGGAGGAAGGAAUUUCCAGCUCUGUGAUGUUGGGGAUGAGCUCUUUCUCCCCACCUCCAUUUGGAACUUCUAG